GAACCUUCAACGCCGUACCCGUACUGUGAGUUGAGUCUCUCAAAUCUGACACUCAUCUUCUCCGAUCUCCAUUGUUUCAUUCGACUUAAGCUUCUUGCUUUUUCCUCUUAGAUCAAUCGGGCUAAGCUUUGUUUUGUCUUCGCUGUGACAUAGUUAAAAAAACCCUAAAUCUCAGAAAAAUCGAGACAUUGUUUUCUAAUGGCAUGUCAAAUUCAAGCUUCACGCGUCUCCCCAGCUCUGGAAAUUGAUAAAGGUCUCUCCUUUAUGAUAAAUGUAUUCCAUAGCAGACGAAGAGCUUCCUCCAUUACCCUUACUUCAUUUCCUUAUCCCAUGAAAAGUUUUCAGAUGACAAGACCAAACCGGAAAAUAGCGUUUGCGUUAGACACAGGUUCUUCUGUUCCUGUUCCUGGAGAUAAUGAUGGAGGAGGACAAGAGAUGAAUGGAGACAGGACCGUUCUCGGUAGCACUCGAUUGGGUCGAAUUGCGAUCGCAGGAGGCAAACAGCUGCUUGGGAAGAUAAACUCUGCAAGAAAAAACUUCCCAAUGAAGAUAUUUUUGCUGCUUCUUGGCUUCUACACUGCCAAUGCAUUGGCUACGAUUCUUGGACAAACCGGUGACUGGGACGUGCUUGUUGCUGGAAUCGUCGUGGCUGCGAUCGAAGGAAUCGGUAUGCUUAUGUAUAAGAGGCCGUCUUCUUCAAUGUUUUCAGGGAAGUUGCAGUCUUUUGUUGUGUUUAUGAAUUUCUGGAAAGCUGGUGUUUGCUUAGGUCUCUUUGUUGAUGCUUUCAAGUUAGGCAGUUGAAAUAAAGCAUCUUUCUCUUCUUCUAGAUGAGUUAUGUUUGUGUAUAUAUAUACAUUUGUUACUA